CUAGAAAUUGCUCUCGUACUCCAUACAUUCUCAUCCUCCAUACCUUCAGUAACAUCCUUUGCCAUUUCUCCUAUUGGUUCUAGCUCUAUUAUACCUCUGCAAUGGCUGGUCGUUUUGUUAGAUCCUCCAAAUAUCGCCAUAUUUAUGGAAGGCCAACGAGAAAGGAGCAAUGCUACGAUAAUCUCCACAUUUCAAAGAAUGCUUGGGAUUCCAACAUCAUCAAAGCCAACCCUCAGUAUCUCUCCGUCAAUUGGGAAUCUGGCGGAGGUGGAGCUUUUGCCGUUAUCCCACUGUCCCAUCGAGGUCGUCUUCCUGAACAAAUUCCCCUUUUCCGCGGCCACACGGCACCAGUUCUCGAUACCGAUUGGUCUCCUUUCAAUGAUUCACUUGUUGCAUCCGGUUCUGACGAUGGGAAGGUCUUUAUUUGGACCGUACCAAAAAACUUCUCUGUGCUUUCAGACGAUGAUAAAGGACCAACCGAUGUCGAUCCAGUCUCCAAGCUAGCUGGCCAUAGCAGGAAGGUCGGCCAUGUGCUUUUCCAUAACACUGCUGAGAAUAUACUUGCUACUUCCUCGGGGGAUUACAGUGUCAAGCUCUGGGACAUUUCUUCGGGGACUUCUCACUCUACACUCAAGCACCCUGAGGUUGUUCAGUCGAUGUCCUGGUCAACAAAUGGAUCUAUGCUUUUGACUACAUGUCGCGACAAGAAGCUCCGUGUCUGGGAUCCUCGGCAAGAAACUGCCGUCCACGAGGUUCAGGGACAUACCGGGGCUAAGAACAGCAGAGCUGUUUGGAUGACCGGUGAUGUCGGGGGUGAUAAGAUUGCCACUACCGGUUUUAGCAAGAUGAGUGACAGGCAACUUGGCCUUUGGGAUUUGAGAAAUCUCGAAAAUAGUCCACUCAAUGGGUUUGAGACGUUGGACACUAUCUCCGGUGUCUGCAUGCCGUUUUGGGACGAAGGGACCAAGUGCCUCUAUUUGGCAGGCAAAGGUGACGGUAACAUUCGUUACUUUGAGUACUCUAAUGAUGAAUUCAUAUUUUUGUCGGAGUACAAGAGUGGUGAUCCCCAGCGAGGUGUUGCAUUCCUUCCAAAGAGAGGGGUCGCUCUUCAUGAGAACGAAAUUAUGCGGGGGUUCAAGACAGUCAACGAUACGUAUAUUGAGCCAAUCUCCUUUAUUGUGCCACGUCGUGUAAGUUUUAACAGCGACAUCUAUCCUCCGUGCUUCAAUGGCGAGGCGGUACUCACGGCCGAUGCUUGGCUUGGCGGUCAGAAUGCUGAACAACAAACAAUGGACCUCGAAAUCCUCUAUGACGGGGACGCGCAACCAAGUGCAGCGCCAAAAACGUUGAAGACCCUGCUCACUCAGUCGGCGCCUGUUGCUGUGGAGCCCGUACCCACUAAGACCGCCACUGCGCCGCUCCCUAAACCUGCCCCGGAACCUGUAAAAGUUCCCACGAGUCCAAUCAAGGAAAGCCCUGUGCCUAUCCGAGUUCCCUCGGAAGAAAGAGUCUCCAAGCCUAUAAUAAUUGAGGAGUCAGCUAAGGUUGUCAACAAGAUUCCCGAGCCGCCCAACCCGGCAUUUCAGGCUAGGCAGGAACCAGCCAAACAAGCCGCACCACCUCUUCAAAACUCAACUGAUUCGGGUAUUGCCGACCAAUUGGCCCGUAUCACCUCACUCCUAGAGCUUCAGACCAAAACUCUUGCCAGCCAAAAUGAACAUAUUGCUGAGCUAACUAAGGAGCUUGACACCCUUAAGAAUAAAGUUGAUACUAAAGCGAGCGAGGAGAGCAACAGAAAGGAUGAGAUCAUCCGAAAGUUGGAGUUGGAGUUGGAGGCAGCCAAGUCCUAG